AUGAUCAAGUUUAAUAUGGGACUGAACAGGCGCAUGCGUCAGUAUUUUAUCUGCCUUGUUGCCAUCAUUGUCGUCAUUCUCUACGUCCUCGCCCUCACCGGCUGUCUUGGCACCUCGCCAGGCAUUCCGGGCAUCUAUCUGGUCCGGUACUUCAACAACGUGACCGAGGCCGAGGUGCGUGUCGGCCUGUUCGGUCUCUGUGCCGGAACGGCCGGAAACCUGACCUGCGCCGCCACCAUCGGCCACAACGGCACCGUCGCCAACACGAUCGCGUCGGGCUACACGCUGCCCGGCUCGGCGGCCAACACGGCUGCCCCGUCUGACCUGCAGGCGAUGCUCGCGCUGGCCACCACCAUGCAGGGAAGCACGGCCACCGGCCAAACCGUCGUCUCGGCCGUCUUCGUCCCGCUCAUCGUCGGCUGCGUCUUUUUCGUCACGGCCGUCUGCGCCCUGCUCGCACACGGCGCCCUCAACGAGCCCAAGUUUGUCGAGGAGGACGGCGCCUGCUACGAGUCUGUGCAUCGCACGCGAGCCUGGCAGGUUGUCGGCGUUGUCACUACGUACUCGGUGGCCGCGUCGCUGGCCGCCGCCAUCGCGACCACUGCCGCCGGCCGCGCGCUCCUCUUUGCUGGCUCGGCGCUGCCCGGCGCUGCGCUCACAGCCGCCCAGGCUGCUAGCCGAGACACUAUCCAGGCACAGACCGGCACGGCCCUGCCGGUGCUGCAGUGGCUGGUGGUGACGCUCACGCUAAUGUGGCACCUGCUGAUGACGUUUGUGUGGCGGAAGAUGUGA